AAGAGAUGGCUUCUAUUUGAUUUUCAAGUAUAUUGGUGCAAGACGAAACCUGUGGUUUUUGCCAAAAUGUAGCCAAACUGAUUAGAAGAGGGAAACAAUGCAUAGCCAGCGGCUAUUCUGAGCAGCGACAAAGGACCACCCAGAGAUCUACAGAUAGGUGAUUCUCUAAAAUAGGGAGAGGAUGGCUGGUACGACAGUUGUACCACAGCCGGCAUUAAAGAAAGUCGUUUUCCCGAUACAACUGCUGUACCGCCGCCGCCGCCUUUAGAAGGUUAAUGAAGUUUCAGUAAUCAAAUAUUAAUUUUACUAAAAACUUAUUGAAAUAAAAUUGCAAACUAAGAAUGUUCAUGGAAACAUCAACACUAACAAAAAAUUUUCUGUAUGUUUAAAAUUUAAUAUUUUCCUUUCAUAUAAAUCAUAUGAAUAAUAAUAUAAAUCAUAUACAUUUUUAAAAAAAAUUUUAGGUUGUUACUCUAACAAAGCAUAGAGGUUGGGGAAAGCCUGAGGAUGAACAGUUGCACGUCCUACCUCUAUAUACAGUAGAUAAUACUGAUGAAUAUGGUAGCAAAGAAGGUCAAGACAAAAAGAUUGCAACAGGAGCUAUAGAAGUAUUGGAAAAGUACCCUCUAGAUUACAAGGUCCGUACCACACCUCUGAAGCCAUGCAAAGUUAGAGGUCGUAAACCAAAAGAUGGUUUUUCACCUCGGAAACAAGCUCUUCAGAAUGCAUUUAAGCAACUUAUUGCCAGUGGAAAACUUCACAAAAUUGAGCCAGUUGAUUCCUUCCCAAAAAAUAACUUGGUCAGCAAUAAACUUUGUCAUUUUUCUAAUAACAACAAUGAAAACAAUUUACCUGACAGUAGCAAUGAAUGCAUGACAAAUUUAUGUAAGAGUGAUUAUGGUAUAAGCUCACAUAAUUAUAAAGCCGUUUCGCUUUACAAUAGCUCUGUAGAACGAGAAUGCAUUCAAAAGGGAGAAACUGCAUGCAAAUAUUAUGCUGGAAAACAAGUUUUGCCCAACUGUCAAACCACAUUUUCUAAUUAUAACAAUAAUAAUAACAUAAAUGGUCCCCAAAAUUCUCAAAGCAGACACUUGUCUCAUUUUCCAUAUAAUGAAGGACCAAACCAGCUUUCCACCUUAAAUGAAAAUUCUCAGAAUUUAAGAACAAAAAUGUAUGUAAACAAUCUUCAUGCUAGAUCUGUUUCAACAUCUUUGCCUUCAAAUGAAAUUGGGCAUUCACCUUAUGUUUCUUGUCCAAAUUCAACGUUUUCACCUGAAAAAGUAAAUCAUUCAAAUUCAAACACUUCAGACAUGAUAGCAAAGUCUCAUAAAGCUCUUUUGUGUAGUACAUUUAAUGGUAACGACAGCAAUAAUAAUUAUCUAUGUCAUCCUAACUACAGCUCAAAUACUACUCCUUCACAGAAUAAUUUUCAAACAUCGCCACAGAGUUGUACAAUCCCUCAUGAAUACCCAGGGCAAAAACAAAAUUCAGUGUCGCAAAAUAAUAGCUUCUACUCAUAUCACUGUUAUUCUCCAUCAUGCAGUACAGGAUACGUCCAGAAUAAUAACUGUGGGCAAAAUUCUCAGCAAACAUAUGUUAACCAGCAGCCAUAUCAGUACUCAAUACCAAAUAUACCUCUAAAGAUUCCUGGCAAUUACUCUGCUGCAAGCUCAUAUCCUUUUAGACUUCAACAUUCCAGUGAUGUGAUUAAUCACAGUUUAAGUAAUCUGCCUUAUUCCAGCUAUCAUGGGAAUUUUAAUAGCUGUUCUAACUAUGCAACAUCACUAUCUUGCAGUGUACCUGAUAACUCUAAACUGUCAAAUGACCAUCAUAAUUUUACAAAUUUUAUGUCUAAAUCUCAACCAGAACAUUUUUUAUCAUCACCAUUAGCCAGUCACCAUCUUACUAGCACUUUAUGUAAUCAACAUCAAUAUAAAAUUCCUCAAAUACCUUGUACAAAAGACCAGAAUAUUUUUAUACAGUCUGAAAAUUGUAAUAGUGCAUGCUCUGUCGAAAAGCAAAAUACCACACCAGAGACUCAUGAUGGUGUGUACUCAUUGCAAGAUUUGGAUACAAAAUCAGUUAAUUGUGUUUCUGACAUUGAACAUAUUCAGAGAAUGUUGCCACAUGAAAUAAAUUCUUACCACAAAAUAAACACACCAGUCAAAGAAGAAAAUGGUAUACAUGCUAAAAAUGAUACUCUUUUAAAUUCAAAACAUCAGAAAUUACAGAAUGAUUUGAGUGAGGACUGUGAAUCUCGUGCUAAAAGUUAUAAUUUUCAUUUGCAACAAUCGAACCUCAUCUUAGAUUUUGAUAAUUUUUCUGAUGUAGUAUCUCAUUAUAAUACAGAAUUACCACUUACGAAUGAAGAUUUUGGUGUUUCAUUCAAAGAAGGCUAUGAGCAAAAUGUUAAAAAUGAUAACUAUUCAAACUUGUAUGAUAGAAAGGAAAUUUCUUGCAGUGAUUUAUCUAAAACCGUAAGACCGCAGAGUGCACUUGAUUCCAAACAAUAUUUUAAUGGAAACAGUAAUUUAAAUUAUUCUUGUAAUAAUGAGAAGAGUCCCUUAAGCUGCUUAAGUUCAAAGUAUAGCUGUUCAAAUUUUGAAGAUGGGGAGAAUUUGGUUGAUUCUACCACACCAACUAUAGAAGGUGAUGAAGUCUAUGAAGGACAUUCCGAUAAUGAGAGCAGCUUUAAGGAUGUUGAAGUUGGUGGGGUAGCUAUUGCACUGACACAUGGGUCUGUGCUAUUUGAAUGUGCCAAACAUGAACUGCAUGCGACCACAGCUGUGAAGAAGCCUAACCGCAAACAUCCAACUCGUAUCAGUUUGGUUUUUUAUCAGCAUAAGCACCUGAAUUUUGAAAACCAUGGGGAAGCUGAAUGGGGCCAAAAGAUGAAAGAAAAACGUGUUGGAGGAGUAAAAAAUUUAGAUAUAUGUUUUGAUGCAUCACCAAAUAAAAAACAACGGAUGCAGAAUGAUGAUGAUAUUGUAAAAGAUCCUGUUCCCUUGCGAUUGGCGAAUACAACACCUACCACAAGUUGGGUUACUGUUUUUUCCAUUGCCCCCUUAGCUGUAGGUGCUCCAUAUCGACAUUAACAUAUUUUAAAAUCCUAUGAGUCUCCUCAAAAGGUUAAAAAAAUAAUAAUAAUUAAAUUUCAGAGUGAAGUUGCAUUUUUAAAUAUUUCCAGCAUCUAAAGUUAAUAUCACCGUAGUUUGUAACAAUUAGUAGGUAAACUGGAAUCUAUUUUUAUUAUUUACAUUAAAUUAAUUUAUUUUGUAAUCUCUUAGAAAAAUUAUGAAAAAUGCUGCUAAAGAUCAGUUUUCUUUUUAUCGUUAUCAAAAUAUAUCACAAUUUAUACAACAUGAUAUUGUGAGAGAUCUCAUAAUACUUAUACUCUGUUUCUGCUAGUUAUAAUAGAUCAAGCUUUGUAAUUUUUUAUUCUCGACAUAUAGUAUUUGAAGUAAAAUUUUCAGUCUCGUUUUGAAGGUUUGCUGCUUUUUUUUUAAUACCUGUUAUUUAAAAAAAAGUCCAUAAUUUUCUUAGAGAGUAUUCCGAAAAAUGCUUUUAACAUUUAAGAUGUCUAUAAAAUGCAAUAAGAUAAUUCUCUUCCAAGAUUAAUUGUGUGAUAAAAUAUCUAUGCACACAAGUUAAACUAUGCAAAACACUAUAAAAAGAAUGCUAAUUGCAGCUGAGGGAACUUUGGCAGACUAUUGUAGGAAUGCAUUCUACAUUUUAAUAAUAUAACACAGUGCCUCAUAAAAACAUUUUAUACUGUAUAUUUAUCUGGACUACAUUUUAUAUUUUUUAACAGACUAUUGUACAGAUGAGAAGUUUGAGAAGCCAGGCUAUUUUUUUUAUAAAAAAAAUAAUGGUAGAAAAAUGUAUUUUACUCCGAAUAAAUUUAGAAAUGAGUUUUCCUCAAGCAUGCAGUUUCUUCUUUUAAGUUUAAACAGGAGCUGUGGGAAAUGAAGGCUUUACCAAAAUGGUAAAAUAUCAUCAAAGAAUGAAGAACUAAGGGCUGUUAUGAAAAUAAAGUAUGCACAAAUCCUGAGUUACAAAUAUGCUUGGAAUAUGAAGUGAUGAAGUACAACUUAUUUACAAAUUUAUAAAUACAAAAAUCUACUCUUCUUGGGUACUUAAGCUAAUCAUUUUGACUUAUUCACUUUGACAAAUUAUUUUAACCCUUCAUCCUAUUAUGCAGAAAAUAUCCAGAAUGAGCAUUCACUUCUUAAAAACUCUUCAUUCAGGGGGGGAUAAUCUUCCUGAAAAUUUAAUAGGCAAAAAAUAUUUCUGAAUAAGUGAAUGAAUUAUGAAAAGAUUUUGAGUAUUUUGUAGUUUCUUUAAGAUCUUUUAAGGUAGUCAUAAUCCACAUAAUUAAUUGCAUAUAAAUAUUUUAAUCGAUAUUUCUGAAAAUAAUCCGCUUGUUUAAUUUAUUUUAAAACUAAAAUUUUUAUUGUAAACAAAUUAUUAUUCUUGUGGUUAUUGAUGCAAACACAGGGGAAUAUUUUAUGUAUUUUCUCCAUUGAUAUUAGAAUUCAGAUUUAUGUCAGUUCAUACAUGGACUGAUAUGAAAGUCCUUCUAACUUCAAGUAAUAAUUUAGAUAGAUACAUGCUAAUUUUUCCUUCUUGAAAACUUAACUGUUUCAUUCUUUUCAACAUAACUCUCAUUAGUGUUGAUGCAUUUAUUCCAGAAGAUUGAUUCUUCAAACUCAUAGUUAAAAUGAUGGUAUCUAUCACAGCCUCAGGAAUCAGGCUGAUUCAUGUUCCAUCUUAUUUAUGUGGUCUGGAUUAGUUGAUUUCUGGUAUUUUUCAAAAAGUUAAAGCUUAUUAACAUAGAAAAAUUAUCAGAAUUGAGACAUUUUAAUUAGAACAAUCCAGAAACACUGAAUUCAUCAUAAUGCAUCAAGAUUGGUAGUGACUAUAUUGGAAAGUUCUGAAAAACUAAACAUUCAAAGGAAAUUACAAGGUGUCUAAAUUAUUUCUGUAAAAUUUAAAAAAAAAAAAAAAAAUUAGAUAUUAAUAUGUAAAAAUCUUUUCUAAUGUUAUUGAUGAAUGUAUGACAUUGAAUGAAAGAUGCAUAAUUAUUGUUUAGCAAUUGUAAAUUAUUACUUUUAUGUAUUGUUAUCAUUGAUUAACCAUAAAAAUGGGUUUUUUUACCAUCACAGCCUUUGUAUAUGUUUUGUGCAUCCAUAGUGUUCGUAGAGAACUUUAACCAUGUUUCAUAGAAUUUCUGUUUUAAUUCUUCAGCUCAAUAUUUGUAACUCAAGGACUGUACUUAACUGGAGAAAGAGUAAGAGAUAAAUUGUAUUUUGCCAUGUUUUUGUUAAAAUUUGAAACAAAAUAUAUGAUUAGUUAUAUUAUUUUAGUAAAAAUCAAACCAGUUUAAAAACAGUCGGUUUGGAAACAAUGUAAUUUGUAUAUACUACAUAAAUUAUUAUUCUGAGAUAUUUUAUGAAACUCAAAAAGAUUUUUUAUCAUUAUGAAAGAUAAAUUUAUUAAUGUAUUUGUUUCUGAUAAGAAUUUAUCUUCAGUGCAAAAUGAUGUGGCAUAUUAUUUUAAAAAUUUUAUUCAAUGUGUUCAUUUCUUUAUUUGAACUAAUAUUUGUAUGCAAUUUAAAUGCACUGUACAACCUUAAUUUUGUAUAUUCUUUAAGUAUGUACUUACAGCAUGAAUUUAUAUUCACCACUGAUCAGACUGUUCAGUAUGCUCUUAUUUUAAGAGUAAAAUAUUGAAGAUUUUUGCUUUAAUUAAUUCAGAUUUUCAUGGACUUUUUAAUUUACAUGUAAUAUGCACCGAGUGAAAAAAAAAUGAGACUUUUCUGUAUCUAUUCUGUGUAGCCAAUUGACGAAAUUCAGCUUGCAUUUUUCACAUCUUGAAAGCGUGACAGAAUAUAUAGUAGACUUACUUACGUACGUAUUUUGACAAAAAAUUAGACUUAUUCUGAGAUGACAUGCCGAAUUUUUUCCAAAUUUUGAAUCCUACAACUCAUAUUAUGCCUAAAGAGCAAAUUUUGGCGAGACAUUUAAAAAUUUGGUUUAUUCACUUGAACUGUGUACUUCAAGUACACUGAUAUAAAUGCUUUAAGAAUUUGAUUUUAUUUAUUUGAACUUCAUUUCUUUCAGAAGUAUAUUUUGUGGUCCAGUAUAUGCCAUGAUGCAUUUGAAAAUUGCAAUAUUAAAAAGGAAAUACAUUUUUCGUUCAAUGGACUGUUCAGGAAGGAUGUACGAAUGAGAAAGUUGUAAAAUCAACAUUUUAAUUUAGGAGAUGCAGAUAUUGCUUUGCAUAGUUAUCACUGUGCCACUGCUUUGCACAUCAUUUCAUUUUAUCAUCCUAAUUUAAGUUUCUUAAAUUAUUAUCCAUAUUUCAAAAUAGGUGUAAAUACUUCAUUUUUUAAAUCACAAAAAUCAAAUAGUAUAAAAUUAAAAAAAUAUGCAAAAAAAAAAUAUUUUAUUUUUUUAAUACCUCAUCGAUUUUCUUGAGGCAUUUUGCAAAUAUAUCAGCAAUCAUCUACAAAUUUUUAUUUGUUAUAUAUCAUAAAAAUUUUUAUAUAUUUUAAUUUUUGUAAUAUUCCCAUGACCUUUCAUUUCAUCAAUGUUUCUUAUCAUAAAGUAGUGAAACAAUUUUUACUGUAAUACUGAAAGUCUUCAGAGGUUAGGCAUUUUGAAAACAGGAGAUGAAGGAAAGACCAGUUUCAUCAACAGUGAAAAACACUUUUAGCUGAUUAUACUACUUUGGAUAAAUUCUUGAAUCUUCCAACAAAUUUUUGCGAGACAUGUUUGAAUUCUCCAUUUAUGAUAUGGAAGGAAUCAUCAUAGAAUUGUAUGAUUACAUCAUAUGAUUCUAUGAUAUAUUUCACUUUGACUUAUCUUUGAAUUCCUUGUUCUGAAAUCAUUCUAUCAAAAAUUUUGACUUACUGAAGUUUAAGUAAUCAAGAGGUUUGUUUUUGGCAUGGCUCCAAUAGUUGACGUCACAUUCCUUUUAUCGCUUCCAUAUCACAAAAAAACUUCUUUUGAAAGACAAUUUUAGUUUUGGUGAAGUGAAAAUAACUCCAAGGAGACAAAUUUGGAGAAUAUGGACGAUGACUAAUUAUGCAAACUUAUUUUCGAAUAAUGAAAGAAUAAAUGAAGUAUCAUCAAAGAAGAAAUAUUAUUUAAUACUAUAUACACCAAAUUCAGUUAACACAGCGGAGUUAAAAUUUUAAUGCUAAAGAAAGAAGGUGGAAAAAAAAAA